UCAACUUUAAACUUUUUCUGCGACUCUUCUGCACGGAUAAUCAACGCAGUGGCUUUAUCACAAACUCCAAACAACAACGCGUUUGGAUUUCUGCUCAUAAAACUAGUGGAUUUCUCGACAUGAAUCUCUGGAUUAUCGAUUUUAAAUGGGGAAAACCUGAAAAUCGAACAAGCGAACAGGUUUGUAAAGUUACAGCAGUGUGUUCAUUCUAAUUCAUUUACGAAAUGGAAAUUAAUCUUGUGGAAGUUUUUGAGAUCAAAGUGAGAUUAUCAGCUGUUGUAAAUAUGAUUUUGUUCGGCGUUAUCUGAGCGUAUCAUCUGCCUUGAGUGGAAUAACACUGAUACAUUGUUGCAUUGAUGGAUACAAUCAUUCUGCUACAACCUGUUACACUGUGGAAUGUCGGGAAUCCUUUGAAGUGGACGCACGUACAAUAAUGGAGUGAUUAUGACGUGACUUUAUCGAUCACGACGCGCGGGGAAUUGUAAACGUGAAAGAAAUACUUUCAGAAUAUUAAUAGUGAUCUGUUUGGAGGUUCUAACACUGAGUUUGACUCAAUGCCCAUUUCAGAAGUCUGUCAGCUGUCAAUCAUUGACUGUCAGUCACAUUUCAUAUGUCAAUCAUGUUGACCUGUCAGUGAUACAGGCCAACCCACAUGAACUAGCAUUAAUGAAUACUAAUGUGAGUGUUAUAACAAGUGAUAUAAGCUUUAUAAACAGUUUAAUUGUUUUCAUUGUUAAUUAUAUUCUUUAAUCUGAUAGCACAACACUAGAUAACUGUUGAGCCUGAAAAUUAAGCAAAUAAACAUAAAAACAACUCAGAAAAGCCACUUAAAUCUCUGGACACAUUCGGUGGACUGCUUGGAAUUUAGUCUUUUUUUGCUGAGCUCUGAUUGGACGGGCAGCUUUAGUGGACAGUGCAUAAUGUCUGGCCGGAGCCUGCCACUGCAGCCAGGACAAUGAGGGUUCCUGUGCAGCGAUUGGCCGGGCUCUGGCCGUGGCUACUCGUGGUCACCUUGCAGGUGGUGUUGGGCCACACCGGUCUGGAACUAGCCGCUGCAGUGGACUCCGAGCGAUCCACCUCCAGAGCCAUGAUCAAGGUGACUCUUCUGAAGCAGGAGCCCACCAGCAGGCCCAUCACCCUGGAAGGGGUGUUUGCCGGAGGCAGCACUGGCUAUGCCAAAGGGAUACUGAUGCAGUCGCACCCGUUGUCUCUGUGUAACACCAGUGAGGACGAGCGUCAGGAAACAAUCUUCAUCACCAUCGUCAAAUUGGAGAGUCCUGAGAGCAAAGUGCCGCAGUGUCAGCCCCUACUGGACAAGGCUCGGUUGGCUCUUCAGCGAGGUGCUCAGGCCGUCAUCUUUGAUAUCACAGAUGAUGCCAGUGCUGCUCAGGAGCUGCGUGAUUCUGGUUUGUUGCCGCGGCCGGUCGUGCUGGUGAAGUCAUCAGAUGCUGAAGAGCUGAUGGGACUCGUCAAUAAGAACGAGGAAGCCAUGGUGCUCAUUGACAUCAUGAUGGAGACUCAAAAAUGGCCUCACUAUGAUGUUGGCAUCCUCUUGACUGUGGCUCUGGCUGUGGUGGCCAUCAUCAUAAUCUUUGCUCUACGCUUCCGCUGUCGGUCCACCAGAACCUGGGACUCAGUGCACCAGCAGACCAUGCGUGCCAUCAGCAGGCUGGAGACACGGAUAUAUAGCUCUCAGGGAUGCUCUGGGUCUCAGCGUUCUCGCAUGGCCCCGGGGUCAAACAGCAGCUCCAACUCCAGCCCAAUCUGUGCCAUCUGCCUCGAGGAAUUCCUGGACGGCCAGGACUUGAGAAUCAUCUCUUGCGCUCAUGAGUUUCAUAAGGAGUGUGUCGACCCCUGGCUCCUGCAGCACCGCACCUGCCCACUGUGCAUGCACAACAUCAUGGGUAAACGGCCUCAAGGUCCAGAGCUGGCAUCCCGUCAACCCCAAAGGAGCCGACUACCGCCCCCUCCACAAGAACACAAUCAGGCCUUUCUCCUCCCCCAUCUCUAUUCAAACCCUCACCCUUACCCCCAGCAUCACGUCCCUUUCUCCCUGCGGCAUCACUACCCCCUCACCCCCUCUGGACCUUUACCUCAAAUGGGACACUAUGGCAACUCGCCCCCUCUUCAUUCCCACGCCCUCCGUUGCUUUCCCAGCAGACCGUUGGGCACUAGUUGUGCGUACCACCUGGCCUCAGACACCCAUCACAGUCAUACGCAUAGAACAGGCAGGCACGGGUGUCGAACUGUGGGGCAUCACAAUGCUGCCCCUAGACGGUCAUGCCACCGUUGUCCUGGAGGAGCCCUACGCAAUGCUGUGGGUUCCAGGGAGCAUCACGUGGCAUUGCCAGCACACCACGGCGCUCAUCAUCACCCGCCACGUGGUGGAGGAUUGCACGGUCGCCAGGACAACGGCAGCUGCUCAGGAGGGAGUUAUCAUACAGAGCGUAGCGGUUACCUGGCCGAUGGGCCUGCCAGUGACUCCAGCUCGGGAUCGUGCCACGGCUCGUCCAGCGACUCUGUACUGAACUGUACGGACAUUAGCCUGCAGGGCGUUUACGGCAGCUGGUCAACUUUUCGUAGCUCGCUCAGCAGUGACUACGACCCAUUUGUUUAUUAUGGGCCGGGAAAAUCCCAGCGCAGAGGAAGCAUCGAGGUUGCUCAAAGGCCUCGCUCCCUGGACUCAGUAGUGAACCACUCGGGAAUUGGAAAUGCAGGCGAAGCAGUUGGGAUAUGCUCGGAAGAGCAACAGAAGGUGGCAGUGUUUAAUCACGUUCACUAUCACAGACAUAGACACCACUAUUACGAGGACGGGGAGCUUAAUCAAGGGCCCAGUCAGGGCUCUGAUGAGGAUCAUGGGGCCUCUUCCUCUGGCCCAUGUAACAUCAUUAAAGACAAAGACUCCGCUGGGUGCCAGGUACAGCCCCAGUCUUGCCACUGCCCCAAAACGGACCUCAGAUUACGGGGCACAGAUGAUCAAGUUCUGGACCCUGUUUCUUCCUCAGGCCCCUCUGUGAUCAUCCCCUACCCUUCGUUUACCUCUCCGUCCUCAGUAUGUUGCCAUAAAGGCUCAGGGUGGCCCACCAGACGGAAAACAACCGGUUGUACCUUGGAAGCAUCUGGUGGACCUUCUCCAGUUGUACACUUUCAUCAAAACAUGGAUAUUCAAGAUGAUUGUAGCAUUCACAUCCACUACGGACAGGCAGCAGGAAGCUACUGCUGCACACCUCCACCGGACAUGGCCCCCACACUGCUGCCAGUGCCUAUGAUUCUGGACUCGACGGGCAUUGGUGACUGGCCGUGCUGUGGGGGCGCACACAUGGUGUGGCAAAAACAGGUACAGCAGGCACAUUCAGAGCCCCAGCUUCUGGGGCCCUCUUCUGCAGUGGACAGACCCCUGUGUAGGGCCCAUCACAGCCUGGGCAACAAACUUCCCACAGACAUUUGUCUGUACUGCCAAACUUUACACAACAGUCAGGAGUCAGAGGAAGAGUCUGGUGUUUGAAAAAACUCUUCAUCCAAAUCUUCUAACGCUGCUACACAAGAGCCGAACUGGACAAAAACUCUUCGGCCGUCUCUCGCUGUCUCUUUCACUCACACAUAGUCUUCCAGAUAAUUCCGAGCAUGUUUUGCAACACCAACUGCAGUUUCCAGAAUCCCUAAACAUCAGAAUAUCAACCUAACAGAUUUAUAAAGUAAAGCAAACAAGGAUUUCACCAGCCGUUGAGAAAUCAGUCAUUGACGAUAAGAUGGAUUUCUGCCAAAGGCCAAAACAAGUGAUUCUUGGUACUGUCAAGGUACUUUACCCUUACAUCAGGAUAACGUCCAAAAGUGACUUUUUUUCUCUCUCUCUCUCCACUUUUCUCACCAAUUUGGAAUGCCCAAUUUCCAAUGUGCUCUAAGUCCUCAUGGUGGUGUAGUGGCUCGCCUCAAUCCAGGUGGCAGAGGGCGAAUCUCAGUUGCCUCCGUGUCUGAGACCGUCAAUCCGCGCAUCUUAUCAUGUGGCUUGUUGAGCGCGUUACCGCGGAGACCUAGUGCGUGUGGAGGCUUCACGCUAUUCUCCACGGCAUCCACGCACAACUCACCACGCGCCCCACCGAGAGCGAGAACCACAUUAUAGUGACCACGAGGAGGUUACCCCAUGUGACUCUACCCUCCCUAGCAACCGGGCCAAUUGGAUGCUUAGGUAGCCUGACUGGAGUCACUCAGCACACCCUGUAUUCAAACUCGUGACUUCAGGUGUGGUAGUCAGCGUCUUUACUUGCUGAGCUACCAAGGCCCCCCCAAAAGUGACUUUUAAAAGGCAAACAAGUGAUUUCUGUGUUUAUCCAGGUAGUUUUCAAAAGAUCUGGGAGAUGCUCUUGAGAAUGAGCAUAUAUUCAGUUUUCCUUUGUUUGCAUUCUCAAUUUCCUUUGGUUAACCAGAUUCAUUUAAUACAUUCUCUUAUAGAUAGAUUGGAGAAUUCAUGAAUUUCAUGAACCCUGUAGAAAUGGUUAAAGAUUUAAGGGGCCAUUCACACCAAACAUGUUUUUGCGUCCGUCUGUGUUGUUUUUCAAUCGUUUUUUCUUUGAAAACAUGAGCUUCAUGGAAGUCUUUAAACAUUGUGUCUAGCUUUUUUGGCCUGAAUGGCCCCUAAAAUGUUUAUUACAUUGAGAAAAGGCAGGUGUUUGCCCAUAUUCUGUUGAGAUAUAGCCCAAACCAUACUCUACACAAGUACAAGAAUACAGAUGCUUCUAGUUACUCAAAGUUUGUUUCACUUGCUGUUGCUGGUCUUGCAUUCAGUCAUUAGUGUAAACUGCCUUCUUCUAGGGUCCUUUUUCUCUUUUGGGAAAUUAGUCAAAUUUAGUUAAACGGUUGACAUGUUUAUAGCCAGCUACCUAAAUGAAAACACUUCUGGUUUAAUGGCACAGACAUUUGAAGAAAACUCUAUAACCCUUUGAGGAGUGAAGUUUGUUACCACAAAAAUAACGCAAGAAUGCACGUUAAGUAUUUUCAGUGGGACUGUGCACUUGCAAUGCGUUGGCCAAACACUCAUCUCUGCGUUUGCACACUCGUGUAGAGUAUGUUUCUGGCCUUAGAAGUAUUUAAUGGCAUUCAAUAGCUCAUCAUGCCUACUUGUUCAUUCUUAAACAUUUCUACUCAUUGUGAUACAACCGGCCUCUUCCAUUUUAUUUCUCAAAAAUUAGACCUGUUUAGCUAAGAUAUGUUGGGUGACGUUCUGCCCACAGAUAAGCGCCUGACUCUCCAGCACUACCUCAGAUAACCAGUCACAAAAGCCCUGUUAGUGAGACAGUACUUAAAAGGUACUUGUGCAUUGGCCUCUCUUUACCUCUGAUAGACAUUAACUCAAAGAAGAGAUAGCGAGCUUUACUUUAUACAAUCUGUCCUUGGAAACGAGUGUUAGCAGUUCAAUAAGGUUUCAGGUCUCAAUUUUGUUAAUUCUAAAAUGGCAGCUGUUAUUUACAAAUGUUUGUAUCUUCAUUUAUUAAUUUUGCUUGACAAAACAAAAUUAAUUGACUGAAUAUAUGGGCAGUGUUGUGAAGAUAUUUUCUGUUUUGGUUCAUUAUUUCAGUCUUGUUAAGCCUGUAGUUCGUUUGGGCUGAGAAGUACUACAUUUCCCAUAAUGCUUUCACCAUUGACCCUUAAAGGGACAUUGAUAUUUCAUAUAAAGUAACCAGCAAACAAGCUCUGAAUUCUAUAACAUGAACUAUUCAUGAAGUUUAUACAUAUGCAUUUUUAUGUAGCCUACUCUCAUGUACAGUUUUUAAUGCUGAGAAAAAUGCCAUGCUCUGCCAACCACAGAAAACUUGAGUUCACUUCACUCACGUAUUGUAACACUUAUCUUUACUCUGUUACCCACAGCUCUUUGUUGUAUAUUUGAAUGAUAAAGCUGUUUAAACCCUUUUGGCAAGAAACAAAAAAAACACUGGAAAUCUUGCCAUGAAAAAAUAGUGAUUUCAAUGUUAAUAUUUUAGAUAUGGUUGAUAUGUAAAAAUGACAAAUGAAACUUAUGCAGUUAUUGUUCUAAUAACUGAACCACGUUUUAUUGUAUAAUUGCUGCAGUGGUUAAAACUCAGCUGUCAUAUGCAAAGAUCUGAAUGUUUAUUUUAUUUUGUCAGUAAAUGGUCAAAUUCAUCAAAGGUUGUGACCCUUUGAACCACACUGCCUAUGGAUCUCUCAUAUUCAGUGAAUAUUUUUGGCAUCAUACUGUCAAAUAUGUCAUUCUUCAUCAAAUGGAGGCUUAAUCCCAAAUCAUUUUGUUUUUUAAUAAUAUAUCAAAAAAUGCGAAAUCUGAAAAUUCAGGCCUGUUUAAGAAAAAAUGUAGUCACACCACAAUAGUUCUCCGUACUUGCAUUAGUUUGUACUGAUUGUCUGCAUGGACAUACUAGAUUUGCACUAACUGCAACCCUGUUCAGAUGCUGAAAUUCAGAUGGUAGUGUGUCCUCUUUUUUUUUUUUUGAGAAACAGUGGACAUUGUGGUUUUAGUAGAAGUACAUAAGGUACAACUGUGUAACAUUAGUCUAAACAGAUUGCAGCAGCAGAAGUUUCUUUUGUCUCAAACAGAUGUGCUUGACAGAAGACGUGCUUUGCAUUUUCAUUUUGCCAGCAGUCCCACAUAAUUUCAAGCCCAAACAACAUGUAAAACUCUUGGUUUUGUCUAAAAUGUAUGCAAACAGCACUUUUGCAUAGGGAAAAAUAUGCAUAUGAUUCAAAACAAUCUGAGCACUAUGUAGCUGCCGAAUCUAGACAAAAUUAUAUCAAUCAAUGAAAUGUCACUAAACAUUAAGGGUUGAUUGUUUUUAAUCUACCUUUAUCGUCCUUUGUCAUUGAUGUUUGUAUUGUUCAUCUGAUCUGUUUUCAACAGAGAAUCUACUAAAAACUGCCUUUUUUAAUAGAGCAAAAUCCCUUACAAAUCAAGGGAUAUGCCAGUAUAUUUUCAAUAUUUUGUGUAAAAAAAAAGACAAAACAGUUAAAAGAUAAAGUGUUGUAUUUUAUAUACAGUAUAAUAGAACAUUUCAAUAUGGUAAUGUCACUAAUAUAUUUAUUUACUAAUAUAUUUAUCCAUUUUGUCCAGGUCCGAGACAAUUCAAAAAUGUAAUUUUUUUUUUCUCUUUUGGAAUGAUAUCUUUACGAAAUGUACAGCUGCCAUCAUAGAUGUAUAAGCCUGGCAUCAUUCCGAUUAUAUACAAAUAAAUUAUUUUGCAAUAUAAAGAGAUUGUGGUGUUUAUUUAUUUUUUCAGAAGUUAUGACAAACAUUAAGUCGUCUUAUAGUAAAUGCGCUCACGAAAAUGUAGACACAUCCUAAAGAGCCAAUUUUAGUUUUCCAAUAAUAAAAUAGCAUAGGUUUAAAAUAGGAUUUUAAUUUUAGUGGAAAUGUUUUACUGGGAUUUCAUUAAAGAAUUGAAUGUUUUUAUUAAGUAUUUUACAUGGCAUUCUUUCUUUAAUGUAGCUAGUUAUUAAAGUAGUAGCUGGCCAAACUGUCUAGAACAUAAUUAUUUGUAAGAUUAUUAUUUUAAGCAUAAAAUGUGUUUUCUGACACAUAUACUGUUUUGUAUUCUAAAUUGUAAUGUUCGAUUCACCCCAAAAUGUUGCUCUCAUUUUUACACAUAAGUGUAAAAAAGCAUAUAAAGAAACCUGAUAUAUGGCAAUAUGUAUGUUUUUACUAAAUUUGAUUACACAUACUGUGUGUACUGUAUAGUAUUGUUGACAUGUACUACAUCAAAUAUAAGUUAUAUAUACUGUAUAUACUGUCUAUAUUUAUAUAAACAUAUAUUAAAACUGCUAUUUUUGUAAUUUGUUGUAUUACAGUAUACAGUAUGCCAAUAAUACAAAUAUACAGUAUAUAUAAAUGGGUGUGUGUAUAUGUUGUAUGUAUAUAUAUAUAUAUAUAUACAUAUACAUACACACACACACACACACACACACACACACACACACACACACACACAUACAUGAUUCAGACCCCCAUUUUUUCACAUCAAUCUACACUCCAUACCCCAUAAUGAUAAAGCAAAAAACUGAUUUUUGAUAACUUUGCAGAUGUAUUUGUGACAAGGAGGAGGGUGGGGCCAGGCCGUGACUACGCACACCCAGCCCCCAAUCGGGCCAAUCAGCCGAGGAGAAGUAUAAGUGCAACGAGAUGUGGCAGUUCGUGAGAGAGAGAGCUACAGGCAGCUGCCCUGUGUGCGUUUACGUUUGUGUGUCUUUGUGUUUAAGUUUAUUAAAAACAUUACUUUGAUGCUUCGUCUGGUUCCCGACGCCUCCUUUCCAUUGAACCCUGUUACAGUAUUCAAAAGAAAAAAAAUGAAAUAUCACAUUGGCAAAAGUAUUCAGACCCUUUGCUAUGACACUUGAAAUUUAGCUCAGGUGCAUCGCAUUUCUCUGGAUUAUCUUUGAGAUGUUUCUACACUUUGAUUAAAGUCCACCUGUGGCACAUUCAAUUGAUGAAAUGAUUUGGAAAAACACACCUGUCUAUAUAAGGGCUCACAGCUGAAAAUGCAUAUCAGAGCAAAAACCAAGCCAUGAGGUCAAAGGAACUGCCUGGAGAGCUCAGAGACGGGAUUGUGUCGAGGCACAGAUCUGGGGGAAAAAUGUCAGCUGCAUUGAAGGAUCCCAAGAGCACAGUGGCCUUCAUAAUUCUUAAAUGGAAGAAGAUUGGAACAACCAGGACUCUUCCUAGAGCUGGCCGCCCGGCCAAACUGAGCAAUCGGGGGAGAAGGUCCUUGGUAAGAGAGGUGACUAAGAACCCAUCGGUCACUCUGGUUGAGCUCCAGAGAUCAUGUGUGGAGAUGGGAGAAACUUGCAGAAGAGCAACCAUCACUGCAACACUCCACCGAUCUGGGCUUUAUGGCAGAGUGGCCAGACAGAAUCCUCUCCUCAGUGCAAGACACAUAAAAAAGCACCUAAAGGAUUCUCAGACUUUGAUGAAAUGAAGAUUGAUCUGUUUGACCUCAGUUCCAAGCAUCAUGUCCGGAGGAAACCAGGCACCACUCAUUACCUGUGCAGUACCAUCCCAAUGGUGAAGCAUGGUGGUGGUAGCAUCAUGCUGUGGGGAUGUUUUUCAGUGGCAGGGACUGGGGGGGACUGGUCAGGGUUGAAGGAAAGCUGAACGCAACAAAAUACAGAGAUAUCCUUAAUGAAAACCUGCUCCAGAGCGCUCAGGACCUCAGACUGGGCUGAAGGUUCACCUUCCAACAGGACAAUGACCCUAAGCACACAGCCAAGACAAUACAAGAGUGGCUUAGGGACAACUCUGUGAAUGUCCUUGAGUGGCCCAGCCAGAGCCCAGACUUGAACCCAAUCGAACAUCUCUGGAGAGACCUGACAGACCUGACCGUCCAACCUGACAGAGCUUGAGAGGAUCUGCAGAGAAAAAUGACAGAAAAUCCCCAAAUCCAGGUGUGCAAAGCUUGUCGCAUCAUUCCCAAAAAGACUUGAGGCUGUAAUCGCUGCCAAAGGUGCGCCAACUAAGUACUGAGUUAAGGGUCUGAAUACUGUCAAUGUGAUAUUUCAGUUUUUUCUUUUUAAUACAUUUACAAAGUUAUCAAAAAUCUGUUUUUUGCUUUGUCAUUAUGGGGCAUGGAGUGUAGAUUGAUGUGG